AUGGCAUUUAACCAAGCAUAUUCUGAAUUGCUAGCUAAGUUACCAGCUUCCAUAAUAAAUGAGGCAUGGAUUCGUCUCACAUCACGGAAGCGUAACCCAUUAUCUGAGAAAGAGGCCAAUAAUGAUACUCAAACUGAUAAUAUCACUUGGCCGGAGGCGCUAAAGUAUGAUCACGAGGAAGAGAAUAAUCGCCGGGUUAUGAAUGAGCUUAAAGUACUAUCCCAGCACCUGCUCGAUUAUAAUAAAAGAACUUUCGAGAAGUUCAUGCGAGAUGUAAAUCUAAAGUAUAAUGAGCGGGUUAAUGCAAAUAAGAAAAUGCGCUAUGAGAUUGAAGAUCUGAAAAUGCAGGUGCAGGAGGCGGAAAAAGAGCUGGCAUCCAUGAAGUCAGAUUCUACUCGUCCAGCUUCAAAGGAGUAUCCCAACCUAGUCUAA